GUGGACGGCAACUACAAUAAUGGCGGACAGGUUCUAUAUCGAGCCCCGUUGGAGAUCCCACUCGGUGGUGAAGUUCACUUUUAAUCUCUUCGUUUCCAUGGCGGAGAAGCCUCCGCCGCAAGGUCCUGUUCUGCCCGCCGACACUCCUCCAGCCACGACCAAGGACGGGCAUGCCUGGGGGCGCCUAACCAAGUCAUCGACGUCGUCAAGCAUGAAGAAACUCAUUCCCAUUCCCGAGCGAGCGCCGUUUGGCCAGGGCAUGGUCCUCUCCGUGUUGUACCUCGGGUUCGCGACUGUGGUGGCCGUGAGUACGUACUACCUCAACAGCAUUGCCAACACACCCGUCCUCUUUGGCGUCGUCAUGCAAGCGUUCGACUACAAUCAAUGGGACGUCCCGGUCAACACGCUCCUCCAAGGAUCUGGCGACAUCAACAUGACGUACUCGUCGUCUCCCAUCGACGGGACGGUCUCCCUGAGCGACCUCCUCUACAAGACGUGCGGGAUGAACGACCAGGGGUGCGCCGCCACGUUCCUUGGCGACACGAACCAGGUCUGGAUGGCCGUCGGGAAGGCGUUUUCGCUCAUUCCCAACUUUGACCAGCCCCUCUUCCAAGACCCGACCAAGCUCGUCAAGUUCAAGCACAUCAACAACCUGAGCGGGUGGAACAAAGCGGUUGUCCAGUUCUACAUCGAUGGCCACGACAUGGCGAUCACGUGCAUGGUGCGCCGCACGAGCUUCUAUUUGAGCCAGGAAGCCGAGUCCACGGCGACUGUCGACUCGCUCGCGUACUGCUCGGAGCGCAAGUAUGACCCGAAAUGGAUGUGCGAGAACGAAGUCGGCCUCGACGUCAACACGUACGCAAUCCAGGUCAACAAGGGCGUCGCAACCUACAUCGGCGUAUGCAAACGCAGUCAGAUAUACCUCCACGCGGGCCACACGGCCCAGGUCACGGGCGGGCUGAGCGGCAGUCAGUUCAUUCGGACUGUGCCCGCCGUCGACGAGUACAUGGGCGGGAUCAUCCAGGCCAGCGCGCCGUGGGACGUCCUCGGAGUGUCCCAAUGCUACACGUACAACUUUAACACGAAUCUGGGGUGGCUGCUCCAGAUUCAGGGCGUCGUCACCAUGACGUGGAAGUGCGACUCGCUCAUGGUGACCAACUCGAUCGUGCUGUGGGCCAUGUCGAUAUACCUCGUCGCGCUCCAGCUCAUCUUCCUCCGUCGGAGCGUCAUUUGCAGCGUCCCGGUCUACAUGUCCAAGACGGUCAUUGGCCUCGCGAUCCUCUUCGUCGCGUUCUACGGGAACGAAAACCUCCAGGCGCUGACGACGUUCCUCAUCCAGAACCCCGUCGGUGGCUUUCCGUCCAUGUUUUACGCGCUCUGCGGCCCUGCCCAAGUCGCGUCCAUCGUCGGUAUCAUGACUGGCACACUGAUCCAGAUCUGGUUCAACCCGCUCGUCGUGACGCAGACGUGGCUCGUCAUGCUCUUCAGCUGCAUCAACUGGAUCGUCGUCUUUGUCCUUGAAGGCUUUGUCUUCCCGUACAUGAACUUGAACAUACCAGGACUUUGCGGCCUCCCUACCUCCACGAGCUGCUUGGUCUACAGCGCCAUCGAUCGAACGUACUACCUGUCGGCCAUCAUAUCCGGGGCCAUCGUGAUCCUGGCCAUCGUAGUCAUUUACGCUCACUCCAAGUUCUACACGAGCCCGAUCGCAGUGCCCAGCGACAACUCGGUCCUGCAGUACUUGAACGUGCCAGACUUUAGCACGAUCGCGACCACGACGAGAGGGUGCGUUGCUCUCAACAGCGACGGCCAGCCCGGCAUCGACGAAGGCAUUUUGCUCAUCAAGAAUAUGCUCCACGUGUCCGACACGGUCUUGACGCGGUCGUCCAACGUCCAGUUCGAACUCAUCUACCGAUUCACGCCUGGGUUUCUGCGUCGGUUUUUCAGCGAGAGCAUCGGGUCCAUUCUCGUGUACGAGGUCCAGGAAGGCAAAAUCACGGGCAAGUUCCACCACAAGUUUCUGCACGAAAUGGACAUUGGCCACAUGGGCAAAGUCACGGGGUACUUUUCGUGAUUAAGGGCUCCACCAUUGCUCGCGAGGAUAGCCGUCGCUUGAGGAUGUCCGCUACUAUCAUCGUGGGGUAGGCUAUAUCUGUAGAACUAACAUGCACUUGUUCAUUUAAA